AUGCCAAGCUCAAGCAUCCUAGUUCUCGAAUUGAUUUCUCCUCCAUUAGCUCACCACUCUUCUGGUGCAGGCAAAACCUCACUGCUUUAUCUCAUCAUCGCCCAGGCCAUUCUGCCAGGGUCUAUCUUCUCAUCCAUAGCGACUGGAGGCCAGAGCGCCGCGGUGAUACUAUUCGACCCGCUACAUCACUUUAGUGUGCUUCGUCUCGCCAGUGUCAUACUGAACUUACUCAAAUCCCGUCUCUCGGCAGCAAGAGUAACAAUCGACGAGAGCAUCAGAGCCGAGCUCCAGGAAGUACUAGAAAGAAGCUUGCUCCACCUGCACAUCUUUCGACCCCAAUCAUGGACAUCUCUCAUCGUAACACUGCGCUCACUCUCAAAAUACCUGUUCGAUCAUUCGCGACAUGAGAGUAUGCAUCGACGCAUUCACUCCAUCAUAUUAGAGGAUAUCGAUGCUUUUGUCGGGGCGAUCCGCAAUCCACCUUCAGGUUCAUCGAGGGGUUCAAAUCCAAAUCCGCUUUCUACAGCUUCCACUCAAUUGACCACACAACUUCAGAGAUUAUCGAUACUGUUUUCGUGUUGCACGAUUCUGACAUCGCACUCUGUUUCGGCGUCGGUUUUCAGACCUGCCUUGCCUAUCUCAUGGCCCCUUGGAACCUCCGUCACGCGUCUUGCACUGCGGCGUCUGGAAGUCAUCAAGUUUGCGCCGGCGAUCAGUUUGGAGGAGGCAGAAGUGGAAAGGCAGCAGCGAUGGCAGGUUGUUAGCAAAGGACGUUUUGAAUGCUGGAAGGUUGGUGCAAGAGUCAGAGGGGAAGAGGGAUUCAUGUUCAAGGUGGGCUUGGGUGUGGAGAUAGAAAAGACAGAGUCGUAA